AUGGGUGACAAGCGCAAGCUCGCCGAUGCUCCGGCCGACGCCGUCGUGCCUGAGGGCAAAAAGAUGAAGAAGGAGAAGAAAGAAAAGAAGGACAAGAAGGAGAAGAAGGAAAAGAAGGUUGAGGAGGUUGCGCCUGUUGAGACUGAGGUGGAGGGCAAGGACGAGAAGAAGGAGCGCAAGGAGAAGGAUCGGAAAGAAAAGAAAGAGCGCAAAGAAAAGAAGGCCAAGAAAGAGGGCAAGACCGAGGAGGUGACAGAAGAGGCCGACAAGAUGGAUGUUGACGGGGCCACCGAGAAGGAGGAGAAGAAGGAAAAGAAGGAGAAAAAGGACAAGAAGGACAAGAAAGAGAAGAAAGAGAAGAAGGAAAAGAAGGAAAAGAAGGAAAAGAAGGAAAAGAAGGAAAAGUCCAAUGACGAGGAGCCCGCUGCUAUCGAGGAGACCACCAAUGGCUCAGCCGAAGGUGAAGCUCAAGGCGAGGGUGAGGAAGCUGGCAAGAACUCUCGCUUCAUCUGCUUCGUCGGCAACCUGCCCUACUCCGCCAACCACGAAUCCCUGUCCAAGCAUUUCGAGAAGAACCCCCCGGCCUCAAUUCGUGUCGCAACCAAGAAAGAAGCCCCCACCAAGUGCCGUGGGUUCGCCUUCAUCGAAUUCGAUAACUACGACCGCAUGAAAACCUGUCUGAAACUGUACCACCACUCCAACUUUGACGACGGAAAGUACCCGCCUCGCCGUAUCAAUGUCGAGCUGACAGCCGGAGGCGGCGGCGGCAAGUCUGACCACCGAAGAGCCAAGAUCGCAGCUAAAAACGAGAAGCUGAAUGAUGAGCGCCAGCGUCAAGCGAAGGAGAUCAACAAGGACAAGAAGAAGCACGCUAAGCCCGCGAAGGCCGGUCCUACCGGUGCCAAUGCCAUGGAUGCUGCUCCGGCUGCUCCUGCGGAUGACGAUGACAAGUACGCCGGAGUGCAUCCCAGUCGGAGACCGCGUAUGUGGUAA